CUCCGAAUGUGCAUUGAUUAUCGCGCCCUGAAUCGGGUUACGAUAAAAUCUCGCUACCCAAUCCCGCGUGUGGACGAACGGAUUGACCAGCUGCGAGGCGCUCACCAUUUCUCGAAGAUCGACCUUCGCGGCGGAUACCAUCAGAUUCGAGUCUUCGCCGACGAUUGCCACAAGACCGUGUUUUGUACUCGCUACGGGAGUUACAAAUACACGGUCAUGCCGUUUGGGUUAACGAAUGCCCCCUCGACGUUCCAGCUGACGAUGAACGAGGUAUUCCGGGAUCUACUCGAUAAAUGUGUGAUCAUUUACCUGGAUGACAUCCUGAUUUACAGCACGACAUGGGAGCAGCACUUAAAGGACCUGGAAGCGGUUUUCAGCGCCUGCAGGAAAAUCCGACCUUGGCAACACAUGACAAUGGAUUUUGUCACUGGCCUGCCGACCGGACCAAGUGGAAACGAUGCGGUCCUUGUCGUCGUCGACCGCCUCACGAAAAUGGCUCACUUCGCACCAUGUCGCACGAUGAUCACAGCCGAAGAAACCGCGCGUCUGUUCAUCUCGGCCGUCUUUUGCCAGCAUGGUAUCCCUGUGGCGAUCAUCAGCGACAGAGAUCCGAAAUUCACCUCGCGUUUUUGGCAAGACACGUGGAACAGAUGCAGCACCCGCCUACAGUUCUCAUCCGCCCAUCAUCCGCAAACCGACGGUCAGACAGAACGGACGAAUCAGACCAUGGAGCAGCUGAUUCGCACGAAGUGCCCGGACAUCAGCAAAUGGGAAGAUUCGCUACCCAUGGUCGAGUUUUCCUACAACAAUGCACCCUCCACCAGAGCUUAUGAUUCACCCCUUUUCCUGAAUUACGGGAUAGAUCCGACAGUACCCAUCUCCACCAAAGUCGAAAGCCAAGUCAUAUGCCCUUAGAGCCCGGGGGGCGACGCGAGAGAUUUCGCUUACAACGA